UUCAGUAUGGGAUUGAACUGCGGUUUCGAUAUCUUCCCGGCCCUUGAGCCAACCGAGGAGAACAAACGCGCCUACCGCGCGUUUCUCGACGAAGUCAUAGCUACAUACUCCGAUAAACAUGAUGAGGACUCGGAGCGCCACGACGGGAAAGUUCUGGAGCUUCCAGACGAUUCCGAUGCCAACUGGCAUCCGCCCGGGACGAACAAGCACUACAUCUAUAUCAUGAUGGGCGAAUGCCCCAGGAUGCCCGCGCAUCCCGAGCACUGCGGCUAUUUCUUGCGCUUCACCUCCAAGGUUAACGGACGGUUGACCGGUGCUGAACGUUACAUCAGGGGCGUGUACCAGAUUGCCAGGAAGCACCUCGGGCCUCGGGUGCGUUUUUGGCAUGAGGCGGACGUAUAUGGAACGGAAAUGGACUGUUUUGGAUGCUAUAGCUGGACCGAGGUGUUUGAUAUGGAGAGGGAGCUUAAGGCGCUGCCUGUGGAAGGGGAGAGUGUUGCUAGUGGUGAGCGCGAUAAGGAGGUGAAAAAUAGGACUAAGGCUUGUAGAUAA